ACACACCUGCUGGCGCGACCUCGCGCCCUCUCACUGCUCCCUGUGUUCUCGGAGCGCUCGAGGCGCCGCGCGUCUCCUUGGCUACUGCUGUCACUCCGAGAGCAAAGUUCAGCUGCUCGCCACUGACUCAUGGAGGAACUGGCAGCGUGACGGACUCGCCCGCGUCUUACAUUUUCGGAAAAACACACAUACAGGACGGACGAAGGAACACUAGAGGACCAGAGCUGUGCUGCUUCUGCUCGGGUGGAUGUCGUAGAGCAUGAAUCUCAUGGGACCCCCAAUUAGGCAGGCCAAUGGGGUGGCCAGAUCUGACAGCAAGAUCAGCGCCAAGGCCCUGUACGAACAACGCAAGAAAUACUCGAACUCAAACUUCAUCAUGCAAGAGACGUCUCAGUACCAUGUCCAGCAUCUUUCCACAUUUAUAAUGGACAAGACAGAGUCCAUAGCCACCAUAGAUGAUGCAGUGAAGAAACUGAUCCUGCUGGACUCGAAAGAUAAAAUCUGGACCCAAGAGAUGCUGCUGCAGGUCAGCGACAAGGCCAUCAAGCUUCUGGACUGUGAUACAAUGGAGGAAUUGGAAAACUUCCCUCUCUCCACAGUGCAUCACAGUCAGACAGUGCUGAAUAAGACGCGCUACCCGUCUGUCCUGCUGCUGGUCUGCCAGGAUAACGAACAGCACAAACCAGACAUACACUUCUUCUGCUGCGAUGAGGUGGAGGCGGAGAUAGUGCACGCUGACAUUGAUAGCGCUCUGGGAGACAGUAAACAUGGAAAGAAGAUGAGACCUCAGACACUAAAGAUGAACCAGGAGAAGAUGAAGCGGCAACGAGAGACAAUCAUCCCCCCCUCAGAAUCUAAAAGUUCCAACCCAGGAGCCAAAGGUCGUGUGGCAGCUAUGGACAUGAAAAAUGCAGAGAGACGAGAUUCAGCUCAGCAGGACCCAGAGUCCCAUGAGAAACUUGCCCAGCGCAUUGAGAAGGAUGUGCAAAUCCUAAAUUGUGCCCUGGACGACAUUGAGAUCUUUGUGGCCCGGCUACAAAAAGCAGCAGAAGCCUUUGCCCAGCUCAACCAGCGCAACAAAAGCAGGAAAAAUAAGAAAAGAGGACCAGCAGAGGGGAUGUUAACUCUAAGAGCCAAACCUCCAUCUGAGGCGGAGUUCAUCGACAGCCUUCAGAAGCUGAAGCUCUCCUUCAAUCUGCUGGCCAAAUUGAAAAAGCACAUCCAGAACCCCAGUGCUUCAGAGCUUGUCCACUUCCUGUUUGGACCCCUGGAGAUGGUGCUGCAGAGCUGUGGAACUCCUGAGCUGCCUCGCUCAGUCAUCUCCCCUCAUCUGUCCCGAGAUGCAGUGGACUUUCUGAGAGGUCACCUGUCCCCUAAAGAGAUGACCAUCUUUGAGCUUCUGGGAGAUGGCUGGACACGACCCAGAGCUGAUUGGCCAAGGGACCAGUGUGCUCCUCUCUACGUCCCAAGGUUUAGGAAUGGCUGGGAGCCUCCAGUGGAACCAUUCCGCACAUCACCAUGGGAGACAGAGUGUUCUACAUCAAUGUCCCCCUCAUCAUCAGAGUACAGGAAAGAAGAGUUCUUCGGCUCACAGUCCUCACUGUCAUCAAACGGGUCCUACACAGCACCUUCCCCCAGCAGGAAAUAUGCCAAGAUCCGCUACCACUUUGUGGCCCGCAAUGCCAAUGAGCUCUCUGUCCUUCAAGACGAGAUUUUAGAGGUAAUUGAGGAUGAUAAGCAGUGGUGGAAGUUGAGGAACAGGAGUGGCCAAGCUGGGUAUGUACCCUACAACGUGCUUGAUGUAGUUACGCCAGAGGAACUUCACGGCAUGGACCCAAUGUACAACCAGCCCUAUAAAGGUUCAUCUCCCUCUGGUUCUUUGGGGAGAGGAGACAGUUUCGACAUGCCAAGAUCACCACGCGAUAAAGAUACCCGCACUCAUCAGAUGGAUGAAGUGAACGAUGAGCUGUUGAAACGGAUCACAGCAAAUAAGAAACAGCAACCAGCACGCAACUUUAAAGUGGAGCGUCACUCCAGUCGUGCCAUCCCCCUCACACUGAAGUCCACCUCUGCUGAGGUCGCUGCCUGGCUCAACGCCAAAGGCUUCUCCAAACCGACGGUGGACUGUUUGGGUGUUCUGAGCGGGGCUCAGUUGUUUUCUCUGGAAAAGGAAGAGCUGAAGGCUGUGUGUGGAGACGAAGGGUCACGUGUCUACAGCCAGCUCACUGUGCAGAAAUCACUGCUAGAGAAGAGCCAAGGGGACUCUGAAUUGCAGGAGAUCAUGAGGAAACAGAAGGAGAAGAUCGCUUCUGCCACCAAUCUGGAAAAAUUUUAAUACCCAUAAUAACAGUAAACAUGGAAGAUGGCAGAAUAUCAGCAUUCUUCAUAACAGUGUACAAUCUUGCUUUAUUAUUAUUCUUCCUCUUGCCAUUGUCACAUAAUCUACACGCAAUAUGAACAUGUAUUAAGAUCUUGUAUACAUUUGAUUUGUAUAUUUAUUCUGUUUUAGAGAAAGCUUUGUUUUAAUUCUUCCACAUAAAUUGUUUAUCUGUUUAUGCUGAGAAAAUAUGAAGCUUUACUUUGUGUGCACCUCUGUCUGAAACAUUCAGCUUUGCGAAUGAAAAAAGGGGAAGAAAUCAGAGCAGCGAGAGACAGAAUUCAUGCCAAUCUUGCGUAGAAUAAAUGUUUUGUAGAGGUUUAAAGGAGCAAUUGUAUAUGUGGUUACAAGUCUUUGGCUAAUGGGCUUUUCAACACAUUCAAAUGCCAUUUCAUUUUAAAAAACAAGGGUUUCUAUGUAAAUACGCUCCUAAUCCCGUCUAAAGAUGCAUGUUCAAGUGCUGAUUUUUGUCACGAAGGAAUGACGCAAGAACAUAAUAAAGUCAGUUGAUGGUUUCAUUAUGAAA